AUGUCACCCUUCUUGUUUGCUAUUGGGAUGGAGUAUUUGUCUAGAUGCUUACUAGAACUUACUUUAAACCCCAAUUUCAAUUAUCAUCCCAGAUGUGAGAAAUUAGCCAUAACUCAUAUGAUGUUUGCAUCUGAUCUUUUGCUCUUUUCUAGGGCGGAUACUCGCUCAGUUAUACUGCUAUAUCAAGCUUUUCAAAGUUCUCUGAAGCCUCUGGAGCGAAGAGCUGAGUAUAGUAUAUGCGAAGGACUAGAAGCUAACCUAGAUAAAAGUUCUGUUGGUGGUCUUUGUGAAGCUGAGAAGGCUAGUAUGCAGGAGAUUUUAGGUAUUUGGAUGUGCCUCUCACCUAUAAGAAGCUUACUAUCCAGCAAUGUAAGCCCCUAG